CCCAACUGGAAUUAGGGUUUCCUUGGUUAUUCAACUCGUCCCCUACUGCAGAAGCUCUCAGCAACUUCGAUCCCGUAACCAUGACUAAGAGAACGAAGAAGGCUGGUAUUGUUGGAAAAUACGGUACCCGUUAUGGAGCUAGUCUGCGUAAGCAGAUUAAGAAGAUGGAAGUUAGUCAACACAGCAAAUUUUUCUGUGAAUUUUGCGGAAAGUAUGCCGUGAAGAGGAAGGCUGUAGGAAUAUGGGGAUGCAAGGACUGUGGUAAAGUGAAAGCUGGUGGCGCCUACACUUUGAAUACCGCUAGUGCCGUGACCGUGCGGAGCACAAUUAGAAGGUUGAGGGAACAAACUGAGAGUUAAGGUUCUGCUUGAUGCUUUUAUUUUGAGCAAUUAGACUUUUUAUUAGUUUUAAGUUUUGAUGAACCGGUAUGAUUGUAUUCGAAGUAAACAUUUAAUCUUUUGUCUCUGUUUUUGAAGACUUAAAAUCUUUGUUAAUUCAAAUUUCGUUUUAACUUCAA